AUGAUGGAUCGGUUCCAGGGCCUCGUCAGAAGACAUCCAGUCAAGACUUUUGCCCUUUCAGGAGCUGUCAUUUCUACUGCCUAUCGUAGUCGUCAGAAGCAGAUGGAAAUGAAAAAGAAGAGGAUCUUGGUGUUGCCAUUCUACAAGAUGAAUAUUGUAGAGCAAACCAAACCGAACCUUCGAUCAUUUUCGUCUUCGACCACUGAGAUGGCUGUUGACGAACUGGUGGGAUUGAUUCAUGAGGCAGCUAAAGAUCCAAACAUAACUGGUAUUCAUGGGAUAUUCGGUAACGGGUUUGGAUUCAGCACGGGAGGUUGGGCCCAUCUCGAGGAGAUUCGGAACGCAUUGACCGUAUUUCGGCAAUCACAUCGAGAUCACCCGGAAACAUCCAAUUCGUCCGCAGAUUCUAUCAAAACGCCGAGAAAAUUGAAGCCGUUAGUAGCUUACUCAAACACUUUCUCGAGUCCUUUGCCAAAGGCCGACAUGAGGGAGUACUAUCUAGCGUCAGCGUUUUCGACGAUCAUGUUGCAGUCGCAAGGUGACUUGAAUCUAUUUGGCUUGUCAACAUCAAACAUGUUCUAUCGAGACUUUCUGAAACGAUAUGGUAUCCAAGUCGAUGUCUUCAAGCAUGGGUUAUAUAAGAACUUUGCCAACCAAUUCACUCACAAAAGCUAUUCGAAAGAGCACAAGGAAAACGUCAAGAAUCUCGUGACAUCAAUCAAUCACAUGGUAUGUGAGACAAUUUUUAAUUCUCGGGAGAUCUUCAAGAAAUAUGAUGAGUACGAAGCAUUUUGGGAUAUGAUACAUUCUAGCGGUUCGCUGCCCGCUGAUGCAGCUAAGAAAAUUGGAUUGGUGGACCGGGUCGUGGGUUUGGAUCCCAUAGGUAAUGUGAUUUCGGCACUGAAACAAGCAAAGUCAGCUGAAGAAGAGAAGACAAAAGGCGGCAUUAGAACCAGUGAUGUCAUCAACAGCUGGAUCGCGAAGAAUACGGGAUUUGAAGACUUUGAAGUCGAAGGAACAGUUUCGAUUCAGGAAUAUGCGAAAGAGAGCACGAUUAAAAAAUUUCAAAAGUUUAGCUUCGACACUUCAAAUCAAGAAAAGAUUGCAGUGCUGAAGGUCACAGGUGCAAUUACAGACAAAACGGCGGAAAGGGUAAACAAAGCCCUUAGAAAGCUGAAGGGAGCAGAUAACGUCAAGGCCUUGGUUCUUCGUGUGGAUUCCCCUGGUGGAGCAAUCACGGCAUGUGAAUCAAUUCAGCAAGAGUUGCGAAAUACUGGGAAGGAGUACGUAGUGUCGUUUGGAAAUGUGAGUGCCAGUGGUGGCUACUACAUUUCAACGCAUAGCAACAGAAUAUUUGCUUUGCCCACAACUAUUACUGGAUCAAUUGGCGUCUUUAUGUUGCGAAUGAACUUCACAGGGCUUGCAAAACAGUACGGAGUAACCGUGGACUCGGUGCAAUCAAGCGAUUUAUCUGGAAGUUUUGAUCCCUUCACACCGAUCAACAAUCCAAUGAAGAGAAACUUUGAAAACUUUUCCGAUCGAGCUUACAUGCGAUUCAAGAGCCUUGUCAGUGAUGGCCGAAAGAUGGAUAUGAAUGCUGUGGAAGAUGUAGCCCAAGGCAAAGUAUGGACUGGAAAACAAGCCCAAGAUAUUGGUCUUGUUGAUGAGCUAGGUGGUUUGCAAAAAGCUAUUGCGUACUGUCAACGUUCGUUUACGAAAGACGGAAAUGCAGAAGUUGUAAGGUGGCCACCACGUAUGUCAUUCUUGGAAAUGCUUUCGGGAGAAGAUGAAGAUCUGAAAGACACUUUUCCUGGAGCUCUUGCUUUGAUGCAAAGCUCAGCAGCCGACUUGCUAGGCCUUGAAUACGGCCUUCAAUCGAGGUACAAAAGCCAGGAUUUCAAGAUCCCAUCGUCUGUUUCUGGCAUGAUGCUCACGAUCGAUGAGGACUGGGCAAUUCGUUGCAUGCUAGAAAAUGAGGAACAAGUACGAGAUUUUAUGUCUAACUUCCCGUCAAGUGCCUGGGAUUAG